AUGAAUGCAUCGUUAACCUAUAGGAUAAUGCCAAUACAUCAAAAUGAAACGUUGUAUUUUCAUCUUGGUCAACAUGAUGGUGUAUUACGUUGGUUGCCUUUAGUAAAUAUCUAUGGAAAGCCGGUCUUUUCUCAUGCUUCCUCCAUUCCACUCGAGGUGAUUACAACCAGUGAUGGUGAUGAUGAUGAUUUUCUGUCAAGUUUUCAGUCGACUUUUUCUGUAGAUGAAUUGAAAAUCAAAGUUGAAGUUACUGAUGGUCUACACUCAACAACAUGUGAUGUAAUAGUCAGUCUAGAGCCUAGUAAUUGGGAACCGCCUAGAUUUAAUCUACCAAAAUAUGAAUGGUGGGAGAUAUCAGAGUUGACAACUGUUGGAUCUAUUGUUAAUCGUAUUCAACCAGCUAAAGAUUCAGAUCGUGGUAAAUAUGGCCAACUGGCAUAUAGCAUAGUUGGUGGUUAUGGUCGUGAAUGGUUUAGCAUCGAUGCUAAAGAUGGUACCAUUCGUUUAGCUCGCCUAUUGGAUAGAGAAGUGAAAAGUCAAUAUAGCCUAUUGAUUUGUGUUAAAGAUGGCGGUGAUCUAACGGAUUAUAUGAAGUUGGAUAUAUCAGUUAAAGAUAUGAAUGAUAAUCGACCAGUAUUUGGACAAGUCAACUAUGAACUUACUUUAUUGCCUUCAAUGUACAAUCCACCAUCGAUUGAGACAAGUUUCCCUGUCUACUUACCGCUACAACUGAAAGCAUAUGAUGCUGAUACUGACGAAAAUGCACAUCUUGUCUAUCGAAUAUUUCAUCCACCUAAUUCUAUGAAACAUUAUCGUCAAGAAGUAUCGAAAAGAUUUUCAAUCGAGUCGACUACAGGCAAACUUCUGUUGAAUACACGUUUGUCACCUAGUACAGUUCAAGAUACUGAACAACAGUUACUAGUUGAAGCGUGUGAUUCACCAGUCUAUGCUGAUUCAGCUAUAUUAUGCUCAAGUCCAGUGAAAAUUAAUAUUCGAUUCUCGGGUGAAUCGUCUACAAUUUUACCAGAAAUUAUAUGUUCAUCUAGACCUUUAGUAGAGGAUGAUUUUCUCUCUGAUCGUCAAGUGGGUAAAUGUGAUGUUAAACCGGCCAGUUUGAAUCAUUCUUGGCGUUUAACUAAUAUCUCUCCAUUAUCAUUAUCAAAUGGACAAUUGUCUAUGAUGAAUGAUAUUCGCAGCAUUGAACUAAGCCAACAGACGACAACAUUGUUUAGAAUUGAUGCACAGACGGGUCAGAUAUUUGCAUUGAAACCAUUGGAUUAUGAAACACAUUCUGUGUAUGAAUUAGGCGUGGAAAUGCAUACAGCGGCCGAUUAUCAUCAUCAUCAUCAACCUGCUGUUAUUCUGCGUACAACUGUACGAAUUGAAUUAAUUGAUAUCAAUGAUUGUUCACCGUAUUUUGAUUCACCUGUGUAUCGAAUAGACAUACCGGAAGAUUAUCCAUUAGGUGUAAGAUUUCUACGGACUUUAGCUAUAGACGAUGAUAUCUGCCUUGGUUGUCAUGGUGAUAACACUGGUGACAGUAGCAGCAGCAUCGGCAGCAAAAACUCUGAUCCGCAUACCACUGGUGGUAAUGGCGAUGGUGAUGUUGAAGAAGAUGUUACGCAUGCUGACGGUAAACAAGAUAUCAUUACUUAUUCUCUAUGGCCAAUAUCAACUCUUGCCUCUGAACAUCUUAGUAUACGUGGUAAUUUAAAAGAACAACGUGUUCGCCUCGAGAAAUUGAUUUUAUUCAAUCCUGAAUUACAAACAUUGAGAAAACAGUUUAAAAUUGAUUCACAAGGUUGGAUUUCAUUAUUGGCGCCACUGGAUUUUGAAUCGAGUCGUGAACAUGUAUUUUGGGUUAUGGCUAUGGAUGCUGAUGGACAUUGGAAUACCAGCCGAGUACAUAUUUUCGUCAAAGAUAUCAAUGACAAUGCACCGCUAUGGCCUCUAUCGCCAAUUCAAAAUGAUUCAUUCGAAUCUAUUCUACCGAUGGAUUUAAGAAAACGUCAAAUUUUAUCAGAUGAAAUCGAGAUUCUAGAAAAUUGGUGGCCAUCUAAAGAAGAAGAAAUUAUUUAUCAGUUAAAUAUUGUAGAUUUAGAUGAGGAAGUCAAAUCCAAGCCUCGAUUCUACCUGAUCAAUGAACCAUCAUCGCAUCACUCUCGUGAAAAUAGUUUUUAUUUCUAUAUUCAACCAUCUGGUGCUUUAUAUCUUCGUCAGACGUUGGAUAGAGAGCUGACACCCGUGCAUGUGCUUAGAUUUCAAGCCAGUGAUGGGCAGUUUGUUACUCAAGAUACUUUCGUCCUGCGUGUUGUGGUCAAAGACAUGAAUGACAAUGUACCGAUUUGUAUACAACCCAAUCGUGUUCUAACUGUUCCUGAGGAUAUGAAAUUGGGUACAAUUCUAACCACAUUGAAUGCAACAGAUGCUGACACAGAUCCACGGAACUCCCUGAUCACAUAUACUAGUAAAUUCUCAGAAUCAAAUCUUUUCGCCGUCAAUAGUCGUAAUGGUACUGUGGCUUUAAAUGGCUCAUUAGAUUUUGAAAUGAGUCAACAACAUGAGUUAAUUAUUGAUGCAUCAGAUCCUGAAGGUUUUAGUUGUACAUUUAAUUUAAAAAUUAUUGUAUUGGAUGUGAAUGAUAAUCCACCAGUGUUCGACGCCAUUGAAAUCAAUGCUAUUCCAGAAGAUGCACCACUAGGAAGUUUGGUUGGAAAAAUUAAUGCACGAGAUUUAGAUUCUGUUGAUACAAACAGAUUGGUCUACAGUCUUCUUGGUGCUCAUGAUGCCAGUUUCAGUAUUGAAUCACACACUGGCCUGUUGAGAGUUAGUCGACCAUUAGACCGGGAAGUCAAGAGUACGCAUACACUGACUGUUCUAGUGACAGACGGUUCACGUUCUAGUUCACAAUCUACUAGUGUUUCAUUUACAUCGAGUGCAACAUUUACUAUACAACUGUUGGAUGUUAAUGACUCUCCACCGCAAUUUGUAAAUACAUCUGCACAUCGUAUAAAAAUAUCAGAACUGGCUCGUGUAGGUGAAAGGUUGACUCGCCUAAAGGCGAUCAGCCAAGAUGAAGGAGAUAAUGCAGUUAUACACUAUCGUCUACUUACUAAACAACCGGAAUUUGGUUUAAAUGAAACUACCGGUGAUCUUUGGCUUCAAAAACCAUUGGACUAUGAACAAACACCGGCGUAUUUUUUAACAAUUGAAGCACGUGAUCGUGGUCAACCGCCUUUGAGUAGUACAGCUGUAUUAACUGUUCAUGUAGACGAUGAGAAUGAUAAUCGACCACAGUUCAUGGGAAGACAACGUAUUCCAGACAGUAUUGAAUUGAAUCGACUAGAUGGAUUGUCUAAAACAGCUGACUCAGAUUUCUAUCAGUAUUAUUAUGCCUUCAGUGUGGUUGAGAAUAGUCGAAAUGGUACAGUUGUCGGCAAAUUGAAUGCUAUCGAUCCAGACAGUGGAGAUAAUGGUCGUGUCAGUUUCCACAUGGGUGAAGACAUUGAUUUCUCUGCCUUAUUUAAAGCCUACCAUGAUGAAGAUUCAGCGUAUACAGAAUAUUUAACCGUGUCUGAGGCUAAAACACGCUUUAAUCUCGAUAGUGAUUCUGGUCGGCUAAUGUUAACAUUUCAACCAGAUCGUGAAGUGAUCAAUAGUUAUUGGCUGGUUGUACAAGUUGUCGAUCAUGGUAAACCAAACGCACUGUCGAGUUUAACACUAGUCCAUGUACAAAUAUUGGAUAUCAAUGAUUGUUCGCCUACAUUUGAAAAAUCAAGUUAUGAGUUUUAUGUUGAGGUUGAUCGAUCGGGGAAUAUUAGUACGUGCUCGGAAAAACAAGAUUCAUUUGAAGGAAAUUGUCAAUCUGUAUCCGGUGGUAAUGUUUUGAUUGGUCGAUUAAAAUUGACAGAUGCUGAUGCCUAUCCAAACUCUGGUCCAUUCACUUGUCAAUUGGCUAAUUCUGGCUUUAUGCAAACUGCUGUAAUACACGAUGCAUCGAUUAGGUCAAAUGUUGCUUCGACUACUAGUACUGCUACUAGCAGUAGUACAUUGUUUUCAGUUCGAACUAUGGAGCAUAAUCAGAGUAGUAGUAGUAAUAAUAAUAAUGGUAGUUCUCAGGUGAUGAUGAAUAGUGAUAAUCAAGCAAAGAAUGAAAUCGAUUAUAGUCGAGGAGAAUGUUUAAUCUAUGCAAUUGAUAGACUACCUGUUGGUAGUCAAAGUUUAGUGAUAAGAGCUAAUGACAAUGGAUUGACUGCAUUGCAUACUACAACUACAGUCACAAUUCGUGUAAUGCGUAUGUCAAAUUUACCACCAGAAAUUGUCAAUACAAAUUCUACACUCAUAUACUAUCGUGGUAAUGCAUACAAUACUAAGAAUAUGCUGAAUACUGGUUUAACUGAGUCGUCGACCACAUCGAAACAAGAACACUCUACACAAAAUUAUGAUACAACAAUAGCUCGAAUAACAGUCAAAGAUCGUACUACACAUGAUCGUUUGUUUUUCGAAUUACUUAAUAAUAAUGAUAAUAGUGAUGAUGAUAAUAUGUCUAUAGCAAAUCUAUUCUCAGUGGAUCCAUACGAUGGAACUAUACGCUCAGCUGCUGGUGGUGGUGGUACACUGUCAUCCAGUUCAUCUUCAACACUUCAAUCUACACUACGUGAUACAUCAUCGUCAUCAUCAUCGUCGUCACAGUCAGGUUCUACUAAACCUGAAACAUAUUCAUUCCGUAAUUCACUGAUUCAUCUUGAUUCUGGUCUUUAUCCUUUACGUGUACGUGUCACAAACGGUACACUGACCUCUGAAGCUGUAAUGCAUAUUAAGGUUAUAUCAAUAACUGAAGAAAUGCUGGACUCAGCCUUAGUAAUUCGUAUUACAAAUCUACUGCCUAAUUUAUUUUAUAUGGAAAAUUAUAAUACCUUAUUACAAAAACACUUAUCCAGUCUAUUGUUAGACUCAAGAUUAUCACAAUUCUCAUCGGCGAAUUCACCUACACCUGGACAAAAUUCAUCUCAAGAUAAUGUUUACAUCCUGUCUGUACAAGAAACAGACUUUCCAAAUGGUCUUUCCUCAUCCACCUUGUUAUCUUCAUUAUAUCAUGAAAGCAGAUAUACUACGCAUCAACGUCGUAAUAAACGUAGUCUUGAUAGAGCAGUUGAUAUUCUUGUUGCUGUAUAUGAUCCUAAAGAAAGAGAGUAUAUCAAGCCAAAUAAAAUUGCUCAAGCUGUUAAUGGAAUAGCUGAUCGUUUAGCUGUUGAAUUCGGUGGAGAGAUUGAAGCUAUUCAUGAUGUUUGUACUCCACAGUUCUGUCCUCGUGGUCGAUGUCAUACAAAAGUUACAAUUGAUCCAGACGGUGUAAUGAAUCGUGUUGAAGUACAUCGGGUUAAUCAAGUCUCACCUCGAUUUCUCCUAUCACCUGUUUGUCAAUGUCCAAUGCAUUUUACUGGUGUUCUGUGUAACACUCCAAUAGAUGCUUGUGCUAUGGCCAAUUGUCCUGCUUCACGCGUAUGUGUACCACACGGUUUGAAUGAUUAUACGUGUAUAUGUCCACCACCUCGUACAGGUCCUAAUUGUGAAUCACUUUUAAUAUACAAUGAUAAGGAUAACUGUCAUUCAGAGGCUUGUUUCAAUCAAAGAGAAAAUGGACCGUUACAAUUUACAGGUGGCUCUUUUAUUCAAUGGGAAUUUUUAAAUCCAAAUCCAUUUUAUUUUGAGUUGAAAUUCGCCUUUCGAACUCGACAAACUAAUGAACCAUUGGCGUUUAUACGUUGGUCAUCCCUGCGAACAUUUCAAUUGAGACUGACAAACAAUGGACAUUUAGUUAUCUCUUCGAUUGGUUUAUCCAAUGGUCUUCCGCUGAAUGAUUGGUUAAUGUCUAAUGAAGCAUUUACUGAUGGUCAUUGGCAUCGUGUACGAUUUGUUCUAACUGCUUUAGAUUCUAGUGCAGUUAUGCCAAAUGAUGCUUUGUUUUAUAAUUCACUAUUUCAAGAUCGUGAUCUCAUGCAUUCAGAGAUGAAAUCAAAUCCUUGGCAGUCUAGUUCCAAUUGGUUAGCUGAGUUAACUGUCGAUGGAAUAAAUCCUAAAUCUGCAUUAAUUGAAUGGAGUCCAGGUGAUUCAUAUCAACAAGGAAUUCUAGUUGGUGCUGAUUUAGUUUAUGGAUUUCGUCCAUUAAGUGAAGCUUAUAAACUAACAGAUGUAAAUACAACACCUGAGAGUAGUAGUUCACUGUCGAAUUCAUCACAGGCAACACCGAUUGUUUUUCGUUCUGGAAUUGUUGGUUGUUUCCGUGAUAUCAGUGUGAACAGUAUUAAACCGCCUUAUCAAGUUAAUCUUGUCCCUGAACAGACUAAAUCUGUUCUUGGCUUAUCCUCAAAUCCUUUCUUAUUGAUUGUACGAACACAGAAACUGGAGUAUGGUUGUCAGCCUAUAGCUACAAUAUCUGGAUCUUGUGCAUCUGGUCCAUGUUUACACGGGGGAACUUGUGUAACUGGUACAAAACAAUCACUCGGGGGUGGUGGUGGUAGCGGAAGUGGUAGUUCAGCCUAUGCAUGUGACUGCCCUUCAUUAUUUCAUGGAAGACAUUGUGAAAGGACGAGUGAUGCUUGUUUACUUGCUCCGUGCUACAAUGGUGGAACUUGUCAAACUUUAAUAACAUCGAGUGUAUCCAAAGCACCGUCUCAUUCUGGUCUGGCUGCUUAUCGAUGUAUUUGUCCAGCUGGUCUAUCGGGUUUACACUGUGAAAUUGUUCAUCCUGAAAUUAUAUCGCAGACUUCUUCUGUUUCUUCGCCAUCAUCAUCACAUCGUCGUCGUCGAGUCAGUUAA